GCAUCGAACACUGUCUUCUAUUUCGGACACAAAUACCAGAUACGAUAUUUCAGAUGGGGGAUCUCGCAAGCGUGCGUUCACUGUACCGCUCCGAGGUGCAGAAUCGUAUUAUUAGCGCUACUCUGCACACUCUUGCGUGGAUGCUCUCACAUUCACAUCCAAUUUGCCGCCACGCGUUGCUCCUGCCUGAUACGCUCACCCACGCUGUAGCCUUGGCGAUAUCAGAACGCGCUCGACCCACUCCCCGCACCAACAAACGACUGCCCUUGUUGAUAAAUACCCCCAAAUCCUGCACUCACCUUCUCUUAACCUACUACUUCUUCUACACUCGUUUAAAAGAAUCCACUCGCUCCCCGUCAACGUCGAAACAACUCAAUCCACACCUUCGAUCUUCUCAACCACACUCACUUACAACAAGUUACCACAUUGCAAUGUCUAUCUUCAAGAACCUCCUCGCGACCACCGCCAUCGUCAAUGUCGCUUUCGCAGGCACCGCGUACUCUUCGGAUGUAGCGUCCGUUGUUACGUUCAUCCAGCUCGUGACUUCGGUGACCUUUGUCGACCCGCCGGCGGCUUCGUCUAGCACCCACUGCAACACUUUGACUGUUACAGAGGUAGCUCCUCCUAGCACCGUAACUGUCGUUGCUCCCCCUUCUGGUGCUAGCGGCACUGACAUUCCGGAGUCCUCCAAGUCUGAUGGUAUGACCAUCCAGACCUCCAUCCCGUCGUCUACUAUCUCAAAGGUAUUUGGAACUGAGACCUGCACCCAUGUCACUUCUGGCAAAGCUGUCAUCGCCAUUAGCUGCAACAUGCCUUCAAGUUCAUCGUCUAACAUCUUGUAGGUUCAGCCAACAGAGACUUGCGUCAGUAGCCUCCACACUGUCACGCACGGUGGCAAGGCUUUUACUAUCACUGCCUGCCACCUACCUCCAGCAGGCCUGAUCUCUGUAAGUACUUACCCUGCUA